AGGCGCAGCGGGGGCGCGGCCGCUGCCGCAGCAGGAGCAGCGAGCAGCGGUGUCGGUGCCGCCAUGGCGGACGGCGAGGGCUUGCUGUCCGUGGACUACGAGGUGCACGGCAAGGUGCAAGGCGUGUUCUUCCGCAAGUACACGCAGGGAGAGGCUAAGAGGCUGGGGCUUGUUGGCUGGGUCCGAAAUACCAGCCAUGGCACUGUGCAAGGGCAAAUCCAGGGUCCAACUGCCAGGGUGCAGGAGAUGCAAGAAUGGCUCAGGAAGAUAGGAAGUCCCCAGUCCCGUAUCAGCCGAGCAGAGUUCAGCAAUGAGAAGAAGAUCGAGGCGCUGGAGCACAAGGAAUUCCAGAUUUUGAAGUGACUUUGUCCAGGAAGAAGCAGCCUGGAGCAUGAGCUGCCCUCAUGGAACAUUGCCUGUCUUCCUCACUCAUUCAGUCAGCCAGUGUUCAGCUCUAGAGAACUUUAUUUUAUUAAAUUUCUAAUUUAUUGUUUUGUUCGUUUGAUGCUCAGCUUUUCACAGAAUUCCAGUGGUUAGAGGAAGAGCUAUGUUGUCUCUGUUAAAGGGGCUAUUCAGGGCCAGAACCUCUGUUUACAAGUGUAUGUGGUUUCGGGAGUUUUACAUGAGAUAAAUAUGAAAUUUGUAGCGUGUGGUAUUCAUGUGAAGGAAAUCACAGGCUCAAUGCCGCUAGAAAACAUCGCUAAAAACAUUAUUUCUGUGUACUAAAUUUCUCAGAAAAAAAUUAUUUUAUCCUGGAACUUCAUAUUUUACGUAGAAUAAAAUUGCUUGGAUUUCGCCUGCU